AUGGCCUAGAUGUCUGACUUUGAUUUGUUUAUGAUUUCGCUCACAGUUAAGAAGAACGAAGGCAUAGUUUUCCUCAGAAAGACUUAUAAGUAUGGAAAAUACAAAAUCUUAAUGAAGCUUAUGCUUCCAUUUAAAAGACCACGUCUUGAAGUACUAUGCCUUGGUCAUCGCAAAAGGUACAGAGGAAGUUGAAAAACAUAAUGAGAUGAACUGUGUGUGAAUAUUCAUGCAAGAAAAUGAAGUUGAAGCUGAUCGUUCACCAACAAAAUUUUAGUGAAGAGGAACUCAUUAUAAAUCCUAGAGAAUAUAAUGGACUUCAGGUUGGUGAUGUUGUUGAGAUAUAUCACCCGGAAGACACGUUUAGUCGUCUUUUGCUCAAGGUAAAUAAGCUCAGUACUGAAUUUCAACAAAAGGAUACAAUCAGUAUCGAGCAAUCAGUGGCGUCAACAUUCCAGCUAAGACCAUAUCUUGAUGUCUAUAUAAAUCGCGUUGAGCCAAGUGAUGUCACUUUAGAUAUGGUAGAGAUUGCUUUCAAAGACCAGUACUUGAGCAGAAGUGAUAUGUGGAGGCUGCAGCGAUCACUGAUUAACUCGUGUGUUUAUAUGGGCAAGAAGCUUGUGUUUGCCGGGAUAAGAGUCCAGGUGAAUGAGUUAUGGAUUGAUGGAGAAAAACUUGCAUGUGGUGUUGUUGGAGAAGACACAAAGAUUGUUUUUAGGUCACAGAGUGCCCAGAUCCACAUUUUUAUUCAAAUGAGUGCGGAAAUGUGGGAAUUUGAUUUCUUUGGAGAUUUAUACUUCGAAAAGACUGUAAAUGGAUUCUUAAAUGAGUUAUUUGGAAAAUGGAAGGAGAAAAACUGUAAUCAUGAAGUUACCAUUGUGUUAUUUUCUAGGACAUAUUAUGAUGCCAAAUCAUUUGAUGAUUUCCCAAAAGAGAUGCAAAGCAGUGUUUCAAAGAGGCUGGAUGGAAGAUUUUAUCAAGAUUUUUAUAAGGUUAUUAUCAAUGCUGAACAAGUUGAUGACUGGCAGCCAAUAGCCAUGACUCUUAAGACAAACUUCAACAACUAUCUGAGCUGGAUCGGCUGUGAUGAGGGUGGCUCUAAAGACACACCUUUGUGCACUAAUUCAAGGGCAACUGAUGGCAAUGUACUAGAAGCAGUAAAUAUUUCUUUGAAUGUGUUUGAAACCUUUUUUAUUGAUGUUAACUUGGAAAGAACUAAUUCAACUGUCAUGAUUAUCACACCUGGCUGUGCAGUGUUUGAUGUUGAAAGAGAGCUCACUGGGAUGACGAAACAGAGGCUAAUGGAUGGAGGUUUUGGAGUUGAUCUUGUUUGCCUUGCCGAGCAGCCUCUUCAUGCCGUGCCAUUACUAAAGUUCCUUAGCAAAAAGCAACAGAAACUUAAAGACAAUCACGUGAUUACUAUUGAUUACAACAUUCCUCAAUGGAUCAACCACAGCUUUUAUCGCUCCUCUGAACAAAGGAAUUCGUCAUCGAGGUUCAUUCCUAGAAUUAAAGUUCCAGAACGACCAACUUUUGUUGAUGUUGAAGAUGUUCCGGAUGAUACACGAGAGCGUCCAGAUCAUUUCUUCAUGCAAUCCGAGAUCGAUUUUGAUGAAUACGAUGCCCAAGUCUUUACGUAUGCUACCCCACGUACUGUAUUGAGAAGUAAACUCUCGAAGGGUAUUCAGAAGAAGCGCAAAACUGAUCUUCGCGUAGUGCGUAAAUCAUCUCCUGAUAUGCACGCCGCCAGAAGUAAGCCUGAAUUGAAGACGCAACCAUCAUGGAAUGGCAGCCAACACGAUGGGUCACCCGUGCCCCCAAUCAGGUCUUUGAGCGAAUGUGAGGAUGUUAGACUGGGUACUUCGUUUGGCGAGAAUAUGAUCUUUAUCGAAGAUGACACAGUUGGUGAAAGUGAUUCAAGCCCUGAAGUUGACGUCGUUUUGAAAAGAAAUUUAGUUGGAGGUAGCUUGAAUCCCGAUUCCUAUCCAACCUACCAAGCAGGAUUCAUUAAUCCAUUUAAGCCAUAUCACUUGUCAUAUAAACUGACUUUGUUUAGGCAUCUUUGGCUUCAUACUUUCCCUACGGAUACAAGUGGAGAGGCAAUGCAAGAGCACCACAAGAAAGUGCCAAUGGAUCAAGACGGAAUUUCACCAUCUGUAUUUGAUAUUGAGGAAGCUACGAUGUCAAUAACGGAAGGUCAAAGAUCGAGUGAGCAGUUUGAAAAUCAAGAUAGUCUUCGGUUUACACUUGACAGAAGACAUGGAGAUGCAUCUGAAAGUUUUGAAUUGCAGAAGGGAAGGUCGUUCAAAAAAGUUGGAAGUGACAAAUCCUUGUAUAGUGGCUCAUCAGGCCAUUUAUUGUUUCAAAGACAACAGGAUCAAGACUGGACAACUGCUAUUCUAACUGGCGUUGACUGGAAAUCUCUUAGUAUUCCAGCUUGUCUACCUUUGACAACUAAUUAUUUCCCUGAUGCAAAAACAUUUGAAGAUGAUUUCUUCUGGUACAACUACAAUGUGAUUAUUGAUGACAGCUAUGAAAGGUCUAUGGCGGAUGAGAACUUUAACGAUCGUUUCAGAAUGACUACCAAAGACAAAUUUCUCGAGGCAGUCAGUCAAAGAAUUUCUCAAGGAUUCCAAUUUGUGAAAAACAGAGAUCGUCUGAAAUUCCUUCUAAGUCCUAACAAGGGAACAAGGCCAUCAGUGUUUCAAAGGCUUUCAGAAAAAUUAGAGGAGGAAUAUGUGCUUUCUCAUGUGCAACAGGUUCAUCUUAUUCAGUUUGAUGGAAUGGAAUUGUCUGUAAAUAAAUACGUGAAAAAACACAUUCCAACUACAAAGUCUAUUGAAUACAAGUACAAGCUUUGGCCAACCAACUGCAGUGAAUUUCAAGGUGCUUGCACCCUUUUUGCCCAUGAUGAUACAAUCAACUAUAACUGGAAUUAUUUAGACCAUUACGUGACUGGAGAGGGAGAAGACAGUAACAUGCUUUUGGAGGAUAUGAAAUAUUGGAGAAAGCGAUUUCUUUUACUUCCAAGACGUGAUCAGGCGACGGAAGAGACAAAGUAUUCAGGCGAUACAAAAAUGAUUGAAAUUGAAGGCUUUCUUAAAUUCAUGGAAGGUCUCAACGGAAUAAAACGACCCAUCAAUCAAAGGAUGUUAUUCAUUUGCCGACAACACACCCCCGAGGAUCAAAUCACGUAUCUGGAAAGAAGACAAGGGCUGCCCGAUGAUAACAAGAAAAAGGGAGAUAAAGUUGAGUCUGAAGGAACACCCAAAAAUAAAGCAGCUUCGAAUGGUGCGCAGAAAAAAGGAACACCUGUCAAGGAAAGUCCUUCUGACAACAAAGAAAAGAAAUCUAAAAGGAACUUGUCAAUAUCAUCUGAAGAAAUGUUAGAAGAUCAGAAGGGCGCAUCGACUGAACGUCAGUCCUCCAACAAUGAAGAUACGACUCCGAAGCAACAUUCUAUUCCAUCAAAACUGCCUCCUGCACUUGGACUAGCGUCGACUUCUCCAUUGGAAGACAUUGUCAAAGCCAUGCAAAACUCCGAAUAUGGGCUGAGCUUCCUUCCUGAGCAAGCUGGUUUGCGACAGUGGACCUUUAUAAGUGCUGAAGCUGUUGCGUGGAUGAUCAAGAGUGUCGAUGGGGUCGAUGAAAAGCAAGAUGCUGUAGAACUUGGCCAGCAAAUGCUUGACGCAGAGUUGAUCAUGCACGCCUCUCAAUCUGAAGCCCAAUGUUUUGUCGAUGGCAUGUAUUUGUUCUUUGUCAAAUCCACAGAAAAAGCUGAAGAAAAAGUGGAGAAGCCCCGAAAGAUUUCGUUAUUCUCAUCAUUUGAGACAAGAAGAACCGAGGAGGAAUUAUUAAUGAGCUACAAUACUAAAUGGUUCGAGGUUGAAGUUUGGAGAGGAAAGCCUCCUGACAAAGUCCCUGAGUAUAUGAAAGAGUCACUUGUUUCUGACUCACCUGUAAAAAGUCCACAGAGUCCAAACAAAGACAGAAAGCAGCGGGCAGCAUCAACUAUUCCUCCAUAUAAACCUUACUACAAAAGCAUGGAUUACUGUUUGGACAGCAACAGGCGUAGUGAUCGGGCAGAAUGGUGUACUAUUUAUUACAACGAUAACUAUUGCACCGAUCAGUCGUUUUCUCUAGAGCUUGACUGGAUGGUAUCCACUGCAUCUAUUCUUUGUGAAAGGGUUCAGCACUGGGCAAGAAGAGCCAAUACUUGUGGCUUUCAUUUAGUUCCAGCUCCUCUGCAGCCAUUGCCUAUACAUUGCAAUUACGAUUCUUUAGCAUUCAAGAAGAAUCCUCUUAACAAGCCAAAUUUCAUUCCUUUGAGUAUAGAAUACCUCCUCUCACUUGGGCAAAAGCACAUGUUUGAAGAUUUUGAUGAGUCUACAUGGAACAAAAGAAUGGUACUUUUUCAAGAAGCUAUUCUAUUAAGAUUUGGGUUUCUAAGAGACUUUCCCAGAACCAGCAACACGUAUGGCCUAAGCUUCAGCAAAAAACGGGAGGCACAUUCAAAUCAAUAUGUCCAUUGGACUGGUAGCGUUUUUGUUAAAAUAGUCGAACAGCCCAUGGAAUUUCAGCUGAAAGCAUCGCCCAGCGUGCGAAAAAUCAACUUCGAAGAAAAGGCCGAAGAUGAAUUAAGUUCCUAUAAAAAUUCUUCGCAACGUCUCCAGCAAAAGGUCGAUACUCUUCUCAGUGACCUGGGCAGUUCUGAUAUCGAAGGAGAGAAAUUUCCCGCAGGAUUCUUUUGGACACAUAAUUAUUCACUUACGAAGAAAUGGCGAUCAAGCUAUACAGGCGACACGAAUGCUGCUAACAAUCUUAUGAGUGAAUUCAGUAAUUUUUGUGCUAACUCGAAUGGAUUGCUUGAAGAGUUUUGGAAAACAGCUGUCAAUAAAUGCAAGUGUGAGCCUGAUAUGGAAGAGAAUGAAGAAGAUGAGCAAUGGGAACGGCAAGAUGAUGCUGAUAUUGUCUUAUGACACAGCUAUUGCAGCACAACUUGGAUAUCACAUGGGGCCAAUAUGAUUUCCGAAAUGCAGCGUAGUUUAAUCAAAUUAAUGUAAGGAUAUUGAAAUCACUAAUAGAAUAUUAUUUUGGUUAUUAGAUCAGAUAAUUUUUUUAAAAUGUGAUAUUGUUUGUCAUGCUAGUUCAGAAAAUUGAAUUUAUUUCAGAAAGAUCAUUUAAGAAAGCAGUAUUUUAUCAAAAUAGUAUUUCUGAGUUGAAAGAAUGCUUCUAUUUAAGAGGUUGCAUCAUCUAAAAGAUGCUAUGUCAUUGUUCGCCAGCCUUCCCAACUAGAGUAAUGAUUUUAUUUGACCUGUUUACUAAACAACAGGUCUCAACAGGAUAUUUGUCAUAGAUUUAUCAUAUUUUCUAACUGUUUAUUUGCUCGCCAUUCUUUGUUGUAAAAAGAUUUACUGCAUCGUCCAACUUUCGUACUAUAAUAAGUGCAUCCUAUGAACGGUGCAGUUGUUUGAGUUUGUAUAUUGAAUCGGACUUCAAUAAAUUAAUUGCUAUUCCGCUGUACAUUUUAUUUAUCAAAAGAUAUUUUACAGCAUGUUUUCUAUGAAUUAAAUUUACAUCAAUAAAAUCCGGGAAAUCGAAA